AUGCUUCGAGCAAUUCUUCUCCUUUUCAUCCUUGAGUCUUUAGGUGAGGACAUGACAUUGAUGCAAGGAAGAGAGAUCCCCUAUAGAAACCUUGAGUUGUCUAAUGCAUGGGUGGGGCACAUUUUUCAGCUUGAGGGCCACAUUGCCUUCUGCAGAACCUUUCAGGGGCCACAUGGCUGUGGUAGGUUAAGCCAGAGGUAUAAGUGGAUGUGAACUCUGAAAGCUUUGUAUAGGAAAGACCAGAGGCCAUCCAGUGAAGCGAGAACACAUUCCAGCCAAGCAAAAGUAUUCAAGGUGGACGGGGAUCAGGACUGGCUUGGGAAGAGCUCCAUAGGCAAGAAAGAGUGGCAUUGAGGUCCACCUUCAUCCCCCAGUCCUGAAGUUUCUCUUCCUUCCACUAAUGCAAUGCUUGCAAAUGUUUGGUGUCACCGUUUACUAAGUUCUCCCCUGCCUCAUUCUCUUCCAGGUUCCAGUGCCCAGCAGCUGCAGCCCUUGAAGCCCUCAGAGACUGUGCCUCAAGGUGGGACCAUCACCUUGUCUUGCAGACACAGUAGUGGGACGAUCAUGGAUGCCUUCUACCCGCAGUGGUUCCAGCAGAAACAAGGGCAGGUUCCACGCCUGAUACUUUACCAAACCAGCUCCAGGCCGUCCGGCAUCCCAGCCCGUUUCUCCGGGUCCAAGUCAGGAAACGCAAUGUCCCUGACCAUCACAGGAGCCCAGGCAGAAGAUGAAGCUACGUAUUACUGCUGCGUGCUGCAUCCAGGGGUGUCUUGCACAGCUGUUCAUUCAGAUGGGGAAGUGAGGCAAAAACCCUUUUAGCAGAAGCUAUCUAGAGUUACUGGGACAUGGGUGGCGCUGUGGGUUAAACCACAGAGCCUAGGGCUUGCUGAUCAGAAGGUUGGUGGUUUGAAUCCCUGCAAUGGGGUGAUCUCCCGUUGCUCAGUCCCAGCUCCUGCCAACCUAGCAGUUUGAAAGCACAUCAAAUUGCAAGUAGAUAAAUAGGUACCACUCCGGCGGGAAGGUAAACGGCGUUUCCCUGUGCUGCUCUGGUUCGCCAGAAGCAUAGUCGAUGCUUCUGACCUGGAAGCUGUACGCUGGCACCCUCGGCCAAUAAAGCGAGAUAAGCGCCGCAACCCCAGAGUCAUUCGCGACUGGACCUAAUGGUCAGGGGUCCCUUUACCUUUUAUCUAGAGUUACUGCUGCACUCAAGUUCAGAUUACUGGCUCCCCACGGUCAUAGAAUCAUGGAAUAAUGGAAUUGUAGCAUUGGAAGGGAUCCCAAGGAUCAUCUAGCUCAACACCCUGUAAUGCAGGAAUGUGCAGAUUGAACCUGCAACCUUGAUGUUACCAGCAGCACCCUCUAAUCAACUGAACUAUCCAGUCAUCUGGUUAAAGGUAAAGGUAAAGGGACCCCUGACAAUUAAGUCCAGUUGUGAAUGACUCUGGGGUUGAAUUCAGCUCACACUUAAGGGCAGACCUACCCAAUUUGCUCUUCCCAAAAACAACACAUGAACUGCGACACGGUCUUCCUUUGAAAUUUGCUGCUCUCUGAAUUUCACAAUGCAGUUCUCCAGCUGAGUAUAACUGCAAGAAAAUGCAUUUGCUAGGGCAAAGUGUGCAUUUUUAAAAUGGCAGAUAUUCGCGAACACAACAUUAGCAUCGCAUUAUGUGAGGGGAAAUGCAAAUAUUAUUAUUUUUUGCAUAUUAGGGAAAGUGCAAACAGAGAAAUUCAUGGAUGAAUUUUCACAGGGACUUUUUAAAAAGUCAGAACGAUGUGGAAAUAAAGAGAAUUGAAUUGAAAAAUGGAAAAAUGAGAAAGUGAGACUGACAAAUUUGUCUGUUCCCACUGCAAAGUGGGAGUAAUAUCUACCUAGGGUUGCCAUAUUUCAAAAAGGAAACGUUGUUGAGCUUUUUUUUAAGGAAUACCCAGAAAUUGUUGGGAUGCAGAACCUCCUUUAAAUAUUAAAGUGGGUGUAGGGAAUCUGGCCCUGUGGAUGUUGCUGAACUACAACUCCCAUCAUCCCUGGCCAUUGCCUAUGCUUGCUGGGGCUGAUGGGAGUUGUAGUUCCUCAACAUCCCAAGGGCCAAAUAUUCCCCACACCCACCUUAAUAUGUAAAGCAGGUUCUGGAUCUCAGCCCCAGCAACAGCUGGCUGCUCCUUUAAAUGAAGCCCUGUAUCAAAUAACCUUCAGGACCGGGACCCCCAGCUCAGAAGUGUUUUUAAAAAGGGAGAUGAAUGCAAAAGGGCAGUAAGGGCAAGGGCAGUAGCUUCAGGGCUUGCACUGCACAUGUGUCAGGAGCUCCACAAACCUACUAAUUUGGCAGCUGCUGUGGGCAGCUUUCAUUUGUGAUUCAGUGUCUUUGCUGUCUGCUGGGAUACCAGGAAGGAGGUGGAAGUCUUACAAGAUGGUGAGCAAGGGGCAGGGACUAAGGGGGACUUUUGCAUAGGGUUGGAGGGAUGCUGCUGAUUUAAGGCCCCCUUUUCCUUAAGGAGGGGAGCGUGGUUUUCGUGUUCACAGCUGUGCCAAGAUUCUAGGGAGAACUCUUAUUCUGAGGCCAGAGGAGGUUCCAGGGCUCUGGCUGGGAAAGCCCUUUUCCAGUGCCAAAGUUUAGCUCUUCCUAAAUAAUACCUUUGAGUGCAGAGAGAAUCUCUCUCCUACAGAAGAAAUCAACUGCAUACUUACCUUAACACAGAGCAUUUAAAGUGGUGCUUAAGGGUCUAUGUAAAAUGGACUUCUUGAUCUGGAAGCCUCACUUCCAAAUGCAUUGAUGGGCUGCGGUUGCGAGCAGGCUGUAGCUAUAGGGGUGUGUGCAUGUAUACUCUGCACAUGCCCAGAGACUUGUUUCCUCUUCCUCCUGUGUCGCAUUCAAAACAGGCUCUAAAGUCAAGCAAGAGAAGGCUGAGAUUAUGGAGAAGGAAUUCGAGGUUGUAACGUGUGUUAUUAUUCUCAGAUAAUACCAGAGUCCCAGCUAGCUGCAGAAGUGACUGCCUCCGUUUUCUCUUCCUUGCAAAGAGGCAAUGAGAAAAUUAUGCACAGUUUCUGGGUCGAUACCUUAGAUCAGGGAUGUGUUCUUCCAGAUCCCACCAGACCACUGGGCAUGCGAGCCGGGACUGAUGGGCGCUGGAGUCCAAUAACAUGUAGACCUCGCCCUUCAGCCUGAGGGCCAGAUGUGGCCCUCUAGACAUCUUUAGGUGGCCCUUGGGCCACACCCCUCACUGGUCCUGCCCUGCGUCCUCCUCUAGUGAUUACCUAUCUGUCUGGGGUGUGUUCUUGAAGGGCAACCAUGCCUUUGGUUUGCCUGUAUGGAGAGUGGGGUGGGUUUGGCCACACCCACUUCUGCCACUCUCACCCAUUGGAGGCCAACAGUAGGGGGCGCCAGAGCCAAUGACAGAAGGAGCCAACUAAUUCUUGUUUAGUCCCCAUCUUCCUCCCUGCGGAGUUGUACAACGCCAUUACUGAGACUGAGGGGAAAGGUGGCAGGGAGAACCACCCCUUGGACUGGUUGAAAGUAAAAAGUGUUAUAAGAAAAAUACCUCUAAUUCCCUUGUGGAGUAUCUAGAGGCCGUAUAGAGUCCCUCAGGAGAUCUCUAUCAGUCGGAGAGAAAGCAGAGGCCAACCGGAGUACAUUGGAAGCAAAGCGGCCACUAAGCCUGAUUAAGGAAAAUAAACUGUUGCAACAGGGUCCCCACUCCACCACACGCAGGAGGGAGGAGAACCCCCAAAAAUUGUGCGCAAGCUCCUAUACAGUGGUACCUCGGGUUAAGAAUUCGUUCUGGAGGUCCGUUCUUAACCUGAAACUGUUCUUAACCUGAAGCACCACUUUAGCUAAUGGGGCCUCCUGCUGCCGCUGCGCCGCCGGAGCACGAUUUCUGUUCUCAUCCUGAAGCAAAGUUCUUAACCUGAGGUACUAUUUCUGGGUUAGCGGAAUCUGUAACCUGAAGCGUAUGUAACCUGAAGCGUAUGUAACCCGAGGUACCACUGUAAAGACUUGAAAUUGCCCACCUUGUAACCCAAGACCACCCCCCAAAACAUCAUACAUGCAUCACAGAAGGAGGCUGUCUCCAGCAGAAAUUUGAGUGUGUUGCUUCUCUCCUGUCUGCCAGGAUACCUGAUAAUGCCUUAAGGUAAAGGGUAAAGGGACCCUGACCUUUAGGUCCAAUUACAGACGACUCUGGGGUUGCGUCACUCAUCUCGCUUUACUGGCCGAGGGAGGUGGCAUACAGCUUCUGGGUCAUGUGGCCAGCAUGACUAAGCCGCUUCUGGCAAACCAGAGCAGCACACGGAAAUGCCUUUCACCUUCCUGCUGGAGCGGUACCUAUUUAUCUACUUGCACUUCGUGCAUUCGAACUGCAAGGUUGGCAGGAGCAGGGACCGAGCAAUGGGAGCUCACCCCGUUGCGGGGAUUUGAACUGCCGACCUUCUGAACGGCAAGCCCUAGGCUCUGUGGUUUAACCCACAGCGACACCCGUGUCCCUGAUAAUGCCUUACAUGACUGCAUUUUCUGGGUAGCCUGGCCAUUCCUUUGAGAUGGUAAAUACUUUAGUUCCUGAAUCUUUUACACAUAUUAAUAGUGUGCUCAGUUUAACAGAUACUUGCUAGACUGUAUUUGCAGGGAGGUGCAGAGGCCCCUCCAGUCCAAAGACAAUUGGAAAGCGUUUCCCAUUUCCUUCCUCCUUGCAGAUAAAUAUUUGAGUUCAAUUUGGGAGAGUCAAAAUGGCUUGCUCUCCUAUACUAUUUCGGACACGUGGUUUAUAUACUUAUGUAUGUUUGUUUGCCUUGUACAAUUAUGAACAUUUAUUCUAUAUUUGAGACCUUAGAAUUCUUAUAACGAAAGACAGGCAGGGGAUGAUAGGCUGAGGUUAGUGGAGCAGCGCCCCAAAGUUUAAACCUCUAUUGCAUUAGAAUGACGUUCUUUUGGGGUUCCCCCCAAGCCAGGCAUAAUAAUAAUAAUAAUAAUAAUAAUAAUAAUAAUAAUAAUAAUAAUAUUUAUAUCCCACCCUCCCCGGCCGGAGCUGGGCGGCUAACACCAGUAAAAUUACAGUAAAAACAUAAUAGGAAAAAAAACCCCCAAUUUAAAAUACAGGCUAAAAUGCAAUUUAAAAUGCAGCCUCAUUUUAAAAGUAGCCCAUGGAUCAAAACCAUAAGGGGAGGGAAACAUAAGGGUCAGACUGAGUCCAAACCAAAGGCCAGGCGGAACAGCUCUGUCUUUCAGGCCCUGUGGAAAGAUGUCAAGUCCUGCAGGGCCCUAGUCUCUUGGGACAGAGCAUUCCACCAAGUUGGGGCCAGUACUGAAAAGGCCCUGGCCCUAGUUGGGACCAAUCUAACCACCUUAUGACUUGGGACCUCCCUCCAAAAUGUUGUCAUUUGUAGACUUUAAGGUCCUCUGUGGGGCACACCAGGAGAGGCGGUCCCAUAGGUACGAGGGUCCUAGGCUGCACGUGUCUUUUGAGCUGCAAAAGGUUCCUUUCCCCUGCCCUAGAGGCUGUCACAUAUACAGGGAAAGGGAGAAAAUCUAUGAAAUUCUGUGUCCCUCGAGGGGUGCUGCUAAUAUCCGCAACUAAUAAACCACAGGCCUCUGAAAUUCAGAGCUGCAAUCAUAGUCUGCAAUCUUAAACCCACUCACUGGAGAGACAACUCUCAUGGCGCUGAUUGAGACGUCCCUCUGUGCCACGAACACUCAUAGGAACCCAGUUAAGAGAGUCUUUCUUGAGUACAUAGUUGACUAGACUCAGUUAAGAUUGCACACAUUCCUUUCAUUGUCAUGUGAUAAACUCACAAGAUUUUGGCAAGUCUUUCCUGGUAAGUGCAUAUGUGUUUGCAGAACUGGGGCGAUUAGAAAGAUAAAGCGUUGAUGGAACAAUGCCCCAGAUUUUGCCAUUUCUUUGGUUUUUGUUCCAAGAAAUAGUUUGUACUAGGACCAGAUCACUAUCUCUGUGAAAGGUUAGGGUGGAGGGUGAUGUUGUGAAAUGUUACAUAGUCCCUUCAUUAAAAGGUGGGGGGAGAACCUAGACUUUUGCCCAUCUUGAAGUUUAUGAUAAAUGUCCUUUUCUGUUUAUUUACUAAAGCCUUUCUACCUGCUCUUCAUCCGAAAAAGGCUCCCGGAGCCACUUUCGUAAGAUCCAUAUCAGGUGAGAUAGAUACACAAGGAAGUGGGAAUGGGGAGGGAAGAGGAAAGCAAGCAAGCUCUUGAGGUUAUCAGAUUCUUACAAUGACUGUCCCCAGCACUGUGGAGACUACUUGUACCUGGGAUCACGUGUGAACAAGCCUAAAGUCUAACAUUUUUUGUUGGCGUUUUCGUUUCUACUCUUCCCUCACCGGGCUUGAAAAAAACAAAACAGUUGGUGCUGGUGAUUGGAGACCUUCACAUUCCUCACCGAUGCAACGCUCUCCCCGCCAAGUUCCGGAAACUCCUGGUUCCUGGAAAGAUCCAGCAUAUCCUCUGCACGGGGAAUCUCUGUACCAAGGAGACCUACGAUUAUCUACGGACGUUGGCCGGGGACGUCCAUGUGGUCAGAGGGGACUUUGAUGAGGUAGGGGCACAGCUUCAAAACUUUGUUACUGGCUGCUGUCGCAGGAAAACCCCCCCCCAUCAUUCAGUUUGUACAAACUCGGCACACACACACACUCACACACGACAUACGCUACGUGUCUGUUAUAAAUUCAUAGAAAAUCAACCAUACAUCGGAUCUGCACCGUUCCACUUUUAUUUUACUCCAUGAAGGAAGGACUACAAAAUGGGAAAGGUUUGAUACAGGGCAGCCAUAAUUCCUUGAGCAUACCAGCACAUACACAGGAGCCCUACUGAGUUGGCAACGCAACCUUGAUGGUCCCAGACAGAAGACCAUCAAGGUCACAAAGGACUUGCAUAUGGGAGUGGAUUCAACAUGGACUGGAACAAAGGACAAUGAUCAGGUCUUCCCUCUGGGGGCAGGAAACUGCCAGCUCCCCUUUGUCCUCUGGAAAUGACUCAUGGGGAGGGGGAAAGGAGGGACCAGCCAGGUGACAAGAUACUCAGGUUACCUCCACAACUCCUCCCUCAACCCCUCCUUUUUGUGAUGUGUCAAUGAUGUAGUCAUGAUGUAGUUGUGAUGUAGUUCUAGGGGUGUAGUUUGGGGGUUUAGUAACUAAUAAAAGUUGGGGUCUUCUUUUGUACUGGGCUUCCAUUUUGUUUCACCUGGUGGCAGGUGGGAGUCCUGUCGCGACAGUCUUCAAUAAAGACCAAGCCUACUGGCGGCUGUUUUGCUCUGGUAUUCCUGGCUGGUGUCCUUGUUUUUUUUGACCAAGGGAGCCCUCGGAUUUCUCCGUUAACACUGCCAGUCUGGGAAGAUGUAAAUGGGCAGCUCCUUGCAAGUCACAUUUCCACCAUAUGUCUAAAGCACUGUGAUACCCCUUUAAACAGUUAUGGUUUCUCCCAAAGAAUCCUGGGAGCUGUAGUUUCAGAGUGUCGAGAGUUGUAAGGAGGUCCCCUUUGCCCGAACUACAAUUUUCAGAGUUACCUGGGAAAAACCACUUUGGGAAUUGCAAGGGGAAUAGGGGAGUCUCCUAAAACUCACCCUGAACAAACUAAAGCUCCCAGAAUUCUUUGGGGAAAGCCAUGACUGUUUAAAUGUACAGUGUGGCCUAUAUAAUAAUGUGUACCCCCUCCUGGAGAAUUAUACCUGGGGGUGGGAGAAGAGACUGCUUCCUCCAUGUACCUGUGCGGGCAGCCACCCCCCACCCUUGGUACAAUGGACAGAAUCUUUCCCAAUCCUAGUAAGUUAGUGUAGUGUUCAAUGGUGAUGAGACAACAGUUUCUCUGGUUGGAGAUGCAAGAUGCCUUUUUCUUUUCUUUUCUUCUAAAAAUUAUAUUAAAUUUCUGUUUUACAUUUUAGAAUAUUCAGUUAAGCAACCUUAAUAUCAAUGACUUCCCUUCUCUUUCCAUGGUACAUUUUGCAGAUCACAAAUCCCUGCAUAUUUUACAAAAACCAAACCAUUCCGUAUUCCAUUAUUACAUCCAUCAACACUUAUUUGUGCUCUUGAAUUUAUCUUAAAGCUGCCCAUGUUUUUAAAAUACACACAAUUCCCCCCCAUAUAGUCAAUAAACAUUUUCCAAUCUUCUUUAAAUGUAUGUUCUUCUUGUUCUCUUAUUCUAUAUAUUAAGUCCGCAAGCUAUGCAUAUUACAUCAAUUUAAGUUGCCGUUCUUCUUUAGUUGGUACUUCGCUUGUUUUACAUUUUGGGGCGAACAAAACAUGGGCCGCAGUAGUGGCAUACAUAAAUAACCUUUCCUGACACCUGGGAAUUUACGUCUGAAUUAUCCCCAACAGAAAGGACUCUGGGUUGUUUUUUUAAAGUACUUUUAAACAUUUUUUUUCCAAUUCAUUAUGAAUUAUUUCCCAAUAUGCUUUUUCUCAAGAUUUAGCCCAGAAAUAAAUGCCAUAUUUUUUGCUCUUUAAAAAAUGCACCAGACCAUAAGACGCACCUAGUUUUUGGAGGAGGAAAAUAAGAAAAAAUAUAUUCUGAAUCUUAGAAGCCAGAACAACAAGAGGGAUCGCUGCGCAGUGAAAGCAAUGAUCCCUCUUGCUGUUCUGGCUUCUGGGAUAGCUGCGCAGCCUGCAUUCACUCCAUAAGAUGCACACACAUUUUCCCUUACUUUUUAGGAGGGAAAAAGUGAGUCUUAUAGAGCAAAAAAUACGGUACACUAGAAGGAACCUGUGUGUAUUUAUUUAAAAAUGAAGGGGUCUGACCUUGUAUUGUUGAUUCUGACCUGUGCAUCAGUUAACAAUUAACCACCUCCUCCUUUUCUUUUUCUUUCUUCAGGGAACAAGUUACCCGCUGCAGAAAAUAAUCCUGGUCGGGCCAUUCAGAAUCGGCUUGAUCCAUGGCCAUCAAGUUAUUCCCUGGGGCGAUCUGGACAGCUUGGCCAUUUUACGCAGGCAGCUCGAUGUGGAUAUAUUAAUUUCAGGACAUACGCACAAAUUUGAGGCUUUGGAGCACGAAAACAAGUUAUACAUCAACCCAGGAUCAGCCACAGGAGCUUACAAUGCCUUGGACAGGUGAGACGGUAGAUCUUUCAGCUGGGGUCUGACCUUUGAUCCAUCUAGCUGGCAGCAACUUUCCAGGGUUUCAGGCAAGGUGUCUCUCUCAGUCUUACCUAGAGAUGCCAGGAAUUGAACCCAAGACUUUCUGCAUGCAGAGCAGAUGCUCUAUCCUUGAGCUAGGGCUCAGGGCAGAGGAAUCCAUGAGGGAAUGCAUAAUAUGUGCAUUUGUGAAAUAUACAGUAGUACCCUGAUUCCCGAACAGCUUGGUUCUCGAAGAAAUUGGCUACUGUUAACGGAAAAAUCCGAGGGCUCCCUUGGACAAAAACAAAGACACCAACCAGGAUAACUUGAAGUAAAACAGCAGCCUUUAUUGAAGACUGCCGCGACAGGACUCCCACCUGCAACAAGAUGGAGCAAAAUGGAAGCUCCGAACAAAAGAAGACCCCAACUUUUAUUAGUUACUAAUCCCCCAAACUACACCCCUAAGAUUACAUCACAAAAAGGAGGGGUUGAGGGAGGAGUUGUGGUGGUAACCUGAGUGUCCUGUCACCUGGCUGGUUCCUCCUUUCCCCCCUCCCCAUGAGUACUUUCCAGGUGACAAAGGGCAGCUUGCAGUUUCCUGCCCCCAGAGGGAAGAGCUGAUCAUUGUCCUUUGUUCCAGUCUGUGCUGAAUCCGCUCUCAUAUGCAAGUUCUUUGUGAUCUUGAUGGUCUUCUGUCUAGGACCAUCAGGGGUGGCAUAGCAACUGGGCAGGGCCUCGUAUGUAUGUGCUGGUAUGCUCAAGGGAUUAUGGCUGCCCUGUAUCAAACCUUCACCAUUUUGUAGUCCUUCCUUCAUGGAGUAAAAUAAAAGUGGAACAGUGCAGAUCCAAUGUAUGGUUGAUUUUCUAUGAAUUUAUAACAGAAGUGUAGCGUAUGUUGUGUGUGUGUGUGUGUGUGUGUGUGUGUGUGUGUGUGUGUGAAGUUUGUACAAACUGAAUGAUGGGGGGGGGGGUUCCUGCGACACUACCGAAUGCCGCAAACUCAGAAGUAAGUGUUCCUGUUUGUGAACGUUUUUUGGAAGUCGAACAUCCGUUUUGGCUGUUGGCAUUGUUUCCAGGGCCAACCAGAAGCCAUGCCUUGCUUUGUGAACAUUUUGGAAGUCGAACGGACUUCCAGAAUGGAUUGAGUUCGGGAACCAAGGUACCCCUGUACAGUCGUAUCUUGGGUCUCAAACGCCUUGACUCCCGAACGAAUCAACUCCCAAACAAUUGAAACCCGGAAGUGAGUGUUCUGGGUUUUGGAAGCCAAACAUCUGACAGGGCAUCCGUGACUUCUGAUAGGCUGCAAGAGCUUCCUGCAGCCAACCAGAAGCCGCGCUUUGGUUUCUGAACGUUUUGGAAGUCAAAUGGAUUUCCGGAACGGAUUCCGCUCGACUUCCAAGGUAUGACACUAUUCUAUAACCUGCCUAUAACCUUCUUGUUUAGACAUUCCUUCUGAGAUGUUUAGGAAGCUGAAGUGAUUUUAAUCUGUUUUAGUAUUUUAACUUUCGUAUGUUUCAAAGUAUGGUUGUGAAUUUUAAUUGAUUUAUUGUUUUAUCUUUUUGUAAACCGCUUUGAGGGUUUUGUUUUGUUUUUUUACAAUCAAGCAUUGUAUAAUUUUUUUAUGAAAUAAAAGAAAACAAAUAUGCUGCAUACAGAAAAUUCUGCAACCCUAGAAUUCUGCAACUGAAUAUCUGAACGCAGAAUUUUAGGGCAUUAUUCCCUCCCUGCUUGGCUCAGACUGACCAUGUACUUGGAAGAAAAUCUGCAAUGUCCUCUAUUAAUUAUCCAUUAGCUGGUGCUGGUAAUUUUUUUUUUUGAGAACUGCUGCAACAUUUCUAACACAAAUUAUUUUGUGACUUCCAGAAACAUCACUCCUUCCUUUGUACUGAUGGAUAUCCAGUCCACCGUAGUUGUGACUUAUGUGUACCAGCUCAUUGGAGGCGAUGUGAGGGUGGAAAGGAUUGAAUACAAGAAGCCUUAAAUCAAGCUGCCUCUUCCUCUCAUAUGCUUCUUGCCACCGACGGUUUUGACCAUUCAUAAAUGCCAAGCGGCUGGAUAUUAUUGGAGCAUUUCAGUGGGAAUUUUGUGCUUGUAACUGCUUGUGAUCUCUUUCAACUGAAACACGUAGGAGCAAUAAACCUGUUGCAAAAUGAA